AUGGCGAUCUUCACCUUCGACGACGACGAUGCGGUAGGCGCACGGAAAAUUGCGCAGCAGGGCGGGGAGCCCACAGUGAAUAUGGACGAUGUUUUCGUGGCGGACAAGAUGGAUAUGGAUUUCCCGCCCCUCCCACACAUCGGUACCCCACCUAUCCAGAUUGCGUCUCCACUGCCCAGGCGCGCGGUCCAGCCCAAUCUGGAAGUGAAGCAGCAAGGACCGGAAAAGCUGGACUUUAAUGCGGUCAUGAAAAAGGCACAGAAGAACAAGAAGAAGAAGAAGAAGGCUUUGGAUGGUAUCGCGCCGGCGGCCAGCAUUGCUCGUGGCUUCCAUACCCCGGUCACAUCUGGUGGAGAAGAGUCGGACUUCUCUGCUGCUGCGACGCCCCGUCUCGGACCCGCUGUCUCUGGGCUUCCCAGCGUCACUAGCAGCCCUGCGCUCAGACCAGUCUCUUCUAUGGGUGGCAUUAGUAGUCUCAAGGCACAACUGGAGUCGUUGAACCUUGGUACUCGAUCGGACUCGCAGUUAAAAUUACCUCCUGCCAGACAAGUUGCUUCUGGCAUGUCAAGUAACGCCAGCAUUUCCGGACUUGACAGCACCAGCGAUAGCGACCGCACGGAGAUGGAGAUUUACGAAGUCAAUCUCGAUGAAGACUUCAGCGCCGAUGCGCAGUCCAAGACCUCUACCAUGCUCGGCAAUAACGUAAUGCGCAAGAUGAGCGCUGACGAUUUUGAGCCUAUGAAAUGCCUUGGCAAAGGAAGUUACGGCACUGUCCUGCUUGUCCGACAGCUCAGCACUGGUCGCUUGUUUGCUCAGAAGACCUUCAAGAAGGCCUCCAUCACUGUGCACAAGAAGUUGAUCGAGCAGACCAAGACUGAGCGCAACAUCCUGGAGAGCGUCAACAGGCACCCAUUCAUCGUCAACUUCUACUAUGCGUUCCAGGACCACGAGAAGCUCUACCUAAUCCUGGAGUAUGCACAGGGCGGCGAGUUGUUCCAUCAUCUCGAGACUGAGCGUAUGUUCUCUGAGGAUGUAGCCGCUUUCUACAUGGCUGAAAUGGUACUUGCUCUGGAUCACCUCCACCGCACAGUCGGCGUGAUCUACCGCGACUUGAAGCCUGAGAACUGUCUCCUUGACCAUGAGGGCCAUCUUCUUCUUACCGACUUUGGUUUGAGUAAAGUCACACUCGACGAUGAGAGCCCUUGUCGAUCGAUCCUAGGCACCCCGGAGUACAUGGCUCCCGAAGUUAUCGAAGGCAAGGAGUACGGCGCGGCAGUCGACUGGUGGUCUUUGGGCGCUCUUGGAUACGACCUACUCACCGGAUCGCCACCUUUCACUGGUGGUAACAACGCGAAGAUCCAGGAGAAGAUUCUCAAGCAAAAGCCCACGAUGCCAUACUACCUAAGCGCCGACGCAAAGGACCUACUUAUCCGUCUCUUACGCAAAGACCCUAAGAAGCGUCUUGGAUACAACAUGACGAAGGACAUGCAGACGAUUAAGAACCAUCGCUUCUUCCGCAAGAUCGACUGGAAGCAGCUCCAGGCACGCGAGUUGGAGCCACCAAUCCAACCUCUUAUCACCGAUCCUGAGCUGGCUGAGAACUUCAACCAGGAGUUCACAGACUUGCCGCUGAGCCCUGUGUUGACAAAGAACUUCUUAAGCGAGGCGCAGAGCAACCCGUUCGGUGGCUUCAGCUUCGUGGCUAGCCAGAGCUUGCUGGACAGUGGUGAGUGGGGCUAUUGA